AGGAAAACGGAUUAUUAUUGACAAAUUCGCCGAUUUCUGUCGUGAUUUAUUUACCGAUGGUCAGCGGAGAACAAAUCUAUCAACCUACUGGUUUUUCUCAGCGUUCAGAUUGAUGCUAGCAUGAUUAGUCGCGACCUGUCAAAUGCAUGAAAUACCGCAGCUGUAAAUGAUAGAGGGGGAAAGAGGACUCAACAAGUCGGUCGUGUAUAACCAAAAUAAAUCGAACAAAAUGCCGUUGUUACAACUACAAUUGCCCAGAGUAAAUUAAUUUAUGUAAUUACGUUUCGGAUGCGAAGAAGUUAACCGUAUUCGUGGCUGGGUGUUUGUUUGUUAAUUUUUCAAAAUAAUAGUACUCUGUAUUUAACAAUAGGCCUUAUAUACCCAUUUAUAAAAAGUUAUGAAUUGCUAAUUCAAUAAUAAGAAUAAUAAUAAUGUAAUGCCUCGCGUGAAACACUCGACCGAGUUUUGCUGUACUCAUCCCCGCUGUGAAGUUGAGGGCAAAGCGCGCAGAUUUGCCAAGGCAAGUCUUCUUCGACAGCAUCAGUUGAAGGUUCACGCCGAAAAGACGCUUAAGUGUCAGCACUGCUCAAAGGCGUUCUCUGUUGCUUACCUGCUUCGGCAACAUGAGAUCGAAUGUAAUACAUCCGUGACAUGUAAGGCUUGCGGGGCCAUAUUCGCCUAUCAAAGUUCACUAAAGAGGCACUACAAAACAGCAGAUCAUGGACCCACGUCCGGUUUGUCAUCGGGGCAGCCAGUAUCGAAAUCGUUGUCAUCAAAAAAGAACUUCCAAAAACCCACCAUCGUCACUAUUCUGCCCCUUCACAUUGUGCCAGUCUAUAUCCCUACACCUGGUUCGACUGACGCAUCUAACAUGGUCAACACUUACCGCAAAGAAAGGCUUAUCCUACCGAAAAGGGUUACCAAGAAGGCCGCAUCAGUUCAGGUUGCUCGACGCAUUCAACCCAAGCUAACAGUAUCCACCCAAGUGUCCUCUUUGGACUACGACCACUAUCGUAUGGGGCACAAAGAGUCACAAGCUUGUGUCGAUGCUACAAAGACGCUAAUAUCUGUGUCGACAUCAACCGUAGCCGAAAAACAGAUCUUCGCCCCUUCGAUUUCCACCCAAACCAAUUCAAGCACUAUGUGCAAUGUUGCUGUUGGAAUUGACGAAGUGCUCGAUGAUCUCCAGAAGCUAUUCGAAAAAUCGUCAACUAACAGCCAGAUUACCUCAGAAAUUUCUUCGGAACAACACAACUUUGCACAGCAACAACUCCAGGGUGACCAAAAUCAGCAUAAUUCAGCGCCUCAGAGUGACUACAGCCAUCCCUCAGAUAUCUUACGGGACGUUUCAUGUUCUCUUACUGCUACGACAAACUUCCACCACGCAGAAACCCAGACUUAUCAGCCACGCUUUGCUCAUACGCACAUACAAACUUCGUAUUAUGACAACGAGGCGUUUGAUGGAAGCUUUCUUUCCAAUAGCGCUUCGAUUGUCCCAAAUGCCGCCGCACACCAACAGCGGGCAAGGGAACCUGCUGUUGUUCAUGUAGGUGUUGGAGGACCGCCGUUCGACGAGAGGAUUUUCGGCCACAUGGAAGUUCAGACGACGUCGUUUGAGCCACAGGUGCAGAAUUUCGGCAUGCAGACCGCUCUCAAUUUUGCCGGAACUGUCCUCAACGGACAGGGCAAUAUUGCUGAAACUCAGACAUUAUGCGUUUCGGCACUCGAUGGCUUUUCGCAAACCGGAAGUAUGGAACUAUCAUCCGUGGAAACGCAGACUAUUGAACAAUUCUUUAAUAGUUUAGAGAAUCCCUAGGAGAGGUCGGUCGAGAAAACCACUUCGAAUAACCAUACCUGUAUAAUUUUAGAAAAAGUAGUGACUAAUGCAAGGGCAUGCAAACACAUCAUAUUGGUUUUUGGACAAAAAUGAAAACAAUGGUAAAAUCACAACUAGUUUAUAAGCAGGGUAGCAGGUUUUAACGAACAUGCACGAGAAGGCAAAAAGUCAAGAAGACUGAAAGGUAAAUGAAGAAGUGUUUCACUGAUGUUGAUACAUCCUCGUUGUCGCGUAGUAAAAUAGGUUGCUCGGUGAAUAAACUUGCCAGCAAAGCUUGUUGAUUUUGCUAUGUCCAUGGCUA